AUGGACACGUCGGCUACGCUGAAAGACGUCGUCGCAGACCCUGCAAACGAUGGAGCGCCCCCUGGAGACAUCAACCCGGACGAUCCGGUCGCGGAGACUGCACCGAUCGACCUCCCGCCACGCAUGGACAUCCUCCAUCAGUUGCACGCGACAGAAGGAGAGCAGGCACAAGGAAGCGCUCUCUUGCAGCACUGCAAAGACGGCGCGCUGGAUGCGGUGGCGAAGCUCGUGCGAGAAGGCGCGCCCCUUUGCUUUCUCACCACGACGGGGUGGAUGCCGUUGAGUGUGGCGAGUUUCCACGGCCGAUUCGAGGUAGUGUCUUAUCUCUUGUCGAUGGGCGCCGGCGAGUAUUACAAACAGCUCAAGCAGCAGCAACUGGCGAAUUCGAGCACCGCGAGACAGAGCAGCGCCGACAAGGCCAAGAGAGCCGUGCAGCAAAACACGCCUCUGCACUGGGCUUGCUACAAGGGCCACGCCCCAGUCGUGUGGGCGCUGCUGUCGUGGGGAUUUUCCGUCGACGACGUCGACACGUGUGGAAACCAAGCGCUGCAUUUGGCAUGUUCCAGCGGCAACUUUGAGAUCGUUCAGAGUGUUCUCGCCCACGCACCAGACCUGGCGGCCAGGAAUUUGUAUGGCAACACGCCGCUCGACAUGACGACGGACUCGAUGUGCCGCAAGCUGCUCAAGAAGAUUCACACUCAAGCGACAUGCGACCACUGCAAGGAACCGUUUGGGCGGGACCGGCGCCAAUGUCUGUGCCAGCAAUGCCACAACAUUUACUGCAACGUCGAUCCGUGCUCCACCGCGGUCGAAGUCCCAUGGAACAGCCACGACAGCGCCGUGCGCAUCGUGCAAUAUUGCUGCGACUGUAACCAAGGGCUCGCCGUCGUCGAGCGCGACUUGAAACACAUCCUGGCGACGAAACUGAAGACAGUCGAAGAUAGCUUGUCCAACAUCCACGCGAUCGAGCUGGACGUUCGAGCCGCCGCCAUCCUUCCCCCCCCGUCAGAAGGCGCACUUCUGGACGCCGACGGGGGAGAGGCUAGCACAUCUGCACCCGUUCCCAAGGACUACCACGUGAAGGUGUUGACGGCCGCGCUCGCUAAACUCGACAGCGACGUGGCAGAUGUCGAAGCACUCCAAACCGCCAUCUCGGACGCCCAGAUCAAGUCGGCGAACCCCCGGUUGAUUCAAGGUGCCCACGACGCGUACAAACGCCUUGUGUCACACUACAAGCUCGUGGACGAGAUCAAGCGCGUCCUCGUAGCACGUCCAGUGACAGUUCGCUCGUCCAUCCAUGGCCUGCGCGCGGCGUGGCGCGAAGCCAAGACGGAAGGCGUGAGCCCGAUUCUCCUUGAAGCCGCAACGCGCGUGAUAGUGAUGGCCGAAGGCGAAGUCACGUUGUACGGGUACUACAUGCUGAGCGCACGCAUCGCGCUCGGGUCCAAGGCCUACUUGAAUGAUAUGACGAAGCUGAGCCAUGGGAUUGCGGCCGUCGAGGACAAGGGGGUGAGCGACGCGUUGCUCCGCAAUGCCAAAGUCCUUCGGGACAAAUUGUAUGCCGAGAUGGCGAUGGAAGAAGCGCUGAUGCAGCAUGACGAGCAAGUCGACCCGUCCACGAACCGCCCCGUGUACGUCUUUUCCGACGGGAAGAUGUUCUCGACGCUGUUGGAGGCUCUCAACCAUCGCAACCUCGUCGUGACGACGGCGUUGGACGUGGCGAUGAAACUCGACGAAACCACGCCGAUCUCGCCCGUAUUGACGGACCAAGCCAAGGAGCUCCUGGUCAAGCUCAAGAAGGAUAUCAAGGACGAGCAAAAGCACGAGGACGAGCGGCGCCGGCUCGAGGAGGAAGAGGCGGCGAAGAAGGCCAAGAAGGGCAAAAAGGGCAAGAAGGGCAAGUAA